GCUGACCGGCGUGCGCUUCGAGGCGAACGCGGCGGCCGCGGGCGGCGGCCUCGACGCCGUCGCGUCCGACGUCCGCGUCGACGCGUGCGCCUUCGAGGGCAACGCCGCCGCCGGCGACGGCGGCGCGCUCCGCGUCGACGCGUCGUCCACGGUCGUCAUCGACGGCGGCAACGCCACCGCGCCGGACGUCUUCGACACGUCGGGCGCCACGCACGUCGCGGACCCGACGAUCUUCGACGACGGCAUCUGGGGGCCCGCGCUCCGCGGCUGCGCGGCGCCGUUCGCGCUCCUCACCGUGGUCGUCGACACGGCGACGGCGACGAGCGGCACCUGCCCGAGCCACUGGGACUACGGGGGCCCGUCCUGCGACAUCGUCAACGUCGACUGCGACGUCUUGGAAACCGACUACGGCUUCGACUGCGGCGGCUGCGGCUGCAACCAGUUCCGCUUCGAGGCGAACCGGUUCUUCGAAAUCGCGUCGUCCGGCGGGUUCCACGUCGUCGGCCCGGAGACGUGGAUCUCCGGGCAAUUAGUGUACAUCCAGCAGCUCUGCGUGCCGCCCGGCGACUACGUCCUCUCCGCGUACGACCUCCACCUCCGACGGGGCCUCGACGGCGCGAUCAUCUCCGUCCGCGCGGGCGGCGUCGAGACCGCGCUCGACGGCGCGGACUUUGUCAACGGCACCGUCGCGUCGAAGCCUUUCGUCAUCGAGUACACCGUGCCGCUCGACAAGCUCUCCGGCGGCGAGCUCCGGUCCUUGCUCGAAGCGAACGGCUUCCCCGGCGGCUCGCGGCGCCUGGCGCGGACCGACCUCGCGGACAUCGCCCGGGGCGCGGGCCUCGAGGGCCUGACGCUCCGGGGCCGCGACGCCAUCGACGCCAAGGCGCGCGAGCUCCUCUCCGUCGUCGGCCGGCUCGACCGCGUCGUCGCGUUCCGCCCCGGCGCGAAGCUCGGCCUCGAGCUCAAGCAGGUCGGCGAGUGGGCCGUCGUCAUGGCGGCGCCGGCGGCCGUCGAGUCCAAGGUGCGCCUGGGCGACGUGCUCGCGGCCGUCGACGGCGCCGACGUCCUCCUCGAACCCUACGACGACAUGUUCCGCCGCGUCGUCGCCGCGACGCGAUCGCCCGUGCCCUUCACGCUCACGUUCCGCCGCGCGCCCUUCCACCGGGGCUGGCUCUUCAAGCGCGCGCGGGCCAAGCCCGGCAGGCGGUCGCUCUUCUCCGGCGCGUCGGGCUGGAAGAAGCGCUACUUCGUGCUCGCGUACGGCGUCCUCGCGUACUACGACGCGCCGCCGCUGGACCCGCGCAAGGCGCCCCGGGGCUUCUUUUCGCUCGAGUCGUCCGAGGACCACGCGUGCCACCUCGCGGCCGCGACGCCCGAAGAGAUGGGGACGCGCGCGCCGCGGUGCGCCGGCCUCGUGAUCCGCAAGGGCGACGACGCGCUCGCGCUCAAGGGGCCGGACCUCCACAACUGGGCCGCGCUCCUCUCCGUGGCCCUCGCGCACGCCAACGGCGGCAGCGACCUCCUCCGCGACGAGGAGACGGCGCGCCAGGCCGUCGCGCGCCAGGACCGCAUCGCGCGCGAGGACGCGCGCGUCGCGAGCGUCCGGCGCCGCGCGGAGCGCAAGGCGGGCCUCGUCGCCGUCCGCGCCGCCCGCGCGGGCGGCGACGACGCGGACCCGCCCGCGGACCUCGGCGCGCUCGCGGCGGACCUCGCGGGCGCGGGGCUCGGCGCGCCCGCCGCCGCGCGGCGCGGCCCCGCGGCCGCCGCGGCGCCGCCGCCCGCGCCGCCGCCGUCGCGCGCGGCCACGGGCGACGGCGCGAGCGACCUCGAGUUCGGCGACAACGUCCAGGCGCUCCUCGCGCC